ACGCAGCAACAUUCUCGAACAGCUGAUGCUACCCCGAAAACGCGGCUUCCAUUCCUGACAGCGAGUGUUGUUUUUGAUACUUUUCCUCUGUUAUUAUCAUAAACUGCUUUGAAUUUAACACUUCUACAUAGUUACAAAUGGCUAAGCAUCAUCCUGAUUUGAUUUUCUGCCGCAAACAGCCUGGCGUUGCGAUUGGUCGGCUCUGCGAGAAAUGCGACGGCAAAUGCGUGAUUUGCGAUUCUUAUGUGCGUCCCUGUACCCUCGUUCGGAUUUGUGAUGAAUGCAAUUAUGGAUCUUACCAAGGACGAUGUGUUAUUUGCGGUGGCCCGGGAGUCUCGGACGCGUACUAUUGCAAGGAGUGCACGAUAAUGGAGAAAGAUAGGGACGGUUGCCCGAAAAUUGUGAAUUUGGGAAGUUCAAAAACAGAUUUGUUCUACGAAAGGAAAAAAUAUGGAUUUAAACAAACGUACUAGUUGUGUGGUAUGUCUUUAUUAUUUUUAAUUCUACUCCUUUUUUUUUUAUAAUCGAAAUAAAUAAACUUGAAAUUACACUUUAAGAGAAA